UGAAACAAUGGAUGCCCAAAAAAAAAGCCUAACAUUGCUUGUUAAAGCAACCAUAUUUUCUAUGUUUGUUAAUUUCUCUAUUAUAUUUACUUCACCAAUCACCACCACACCUUCCCUCACUCUUCUUCCAAGUGAAGUUAUUAACCAAAAUUACAGAGAGGAAGAAGAGUGCUGCAAUGGAGGAUAUUGUGGUGGAGAGUCUUCUUAGCGGUAACAGAGAAGCUCAGAUAGAAGCAGCUAUAGAGCUUAGUAAUCUAACCAGGAAGCAAAGACAAAAAAUGUCAGAAAAAGAAAUCAUUCCUCCUUUACUCUCAAUGUUACAAUCUCAAGACUGUAUCACAACAGAAGUUGCUCUAUCUGCAUUACUCAGCCUUGCCUUUGGCAGUGAAAGGAACAAAGUCAGAAUAGUGAAAUCUGGGGCAGUACCAAUGUUGCUAGAGAUCCUCCAGUCAGAAACAAAGAUGGUAAUACUUGAACUGGCCAUGGCAUUUCUUCUGAUUCUCUCUUCAUGUAACAAAAACAAGGUCAAGAUGGCAUCAACCAUGUUGGUUCAGCUUUUAGUUGGACUUAUUGGGCUCGAUAGACUUACCAUUCGAGCCAAGGUUGAUGGCAUUGCAACGCUACAAAAUCUAUCGACUCUCCAUCAGAUUGUUCCCCUGGUUAUAGCCUCUGGAGCACCGUAUGCUUUGCUUCAAGUCAUCAACGUUUGUGACAAAGCAUCUGAAUUGGCUGAUAAGGCAGCAGCUUUGCUCGAAAACAUAAUCUCUCAUUCACCAGAAUCUAUUUCCAGCAUUAGUGGGGCAAUUGGGGUUCUGGUGGAAGCCAUUGAAGAAGGGUCAGCUCAGUGUAAAGAGCAUGCGGUAGGGAUAUUACUCUGUAUAUGCAGCUACGACAGAGAGACGAACAGAGGAAUGAUACUGAGAGAAGGAGUGAUGCCCGGAUUGCUUCAAGUGAGCGUAGAUGGGACAAGGAGGGCUAAAGAAAUGGCUAGAGAGCUAUUGCUUCUGUUAAGGGACUGCUCUGGCUACGUCAUAAAAAACAAGCAGUCAAAGAUUGAGAUCGUUGAGCAGAUAAUGAGGGAGAUUGAUCAAGAAGGGGAAAGAAUACCUGGAACCAUGUUGAAGUUGGUGGAAGAGAUGAUCUCAAAACUCAGCACAUAGCCCUUGUUGAAUUCCAUGUCUUUUGUAUAUAUUGAAUCAAUGUACUGUUUCCGCAGAAGGAGAGUCUUCUUUUACUUAGGGAAUAAUUAUCACCUUGCUAUUUGA